AUGGCUGACGAGUACUCACUGAGUGGUAAAGUUGCCAUCAUAACCGGUUCAGGGCGUGAGAAUGGAAUCGGCGCCGGCAUAGCUUACGCAUUUGCCCGGCAUGGCGCUUCGGUCGCCGUCAACUAUGUUUCGGAUUCUAGCGCCGCCCGAGCAAACAAGGUCGCCGAAAAGGUUCGAGGACUUGGUGGAAAAGCAGCCGUUAUUCAGGGAAGCAUCACGAGUCGGCCAGGAGCCAGGCACAUUGUCCAGAGCGCAAUGACCGAGUUCAAUGUGAGGUCAAUUGACAUUCUAGUCAAUAAUGCUGGCGGUCCUGUCAAAUCCCAUGGGAGCAUCAUGGACUAUGAGCCCCAAGAAUUGCUCGGUGAUUUCGAGCUGAACUAUUGUGGUGCAAUCUACAUGAUACAGGAAGCUGUGCCCUAUAUGAAUCGUGGUGGGCGAAUUAUCAAUAUUGGAGCAAUGUCUGCAAUAACUUAUGUGCCCGGUAUGCACAUAUACUCGGCAGCCAAGGCGGCAUUGGACCACACAACGAAAUCCAUCGCAGUUGAGUUGGGCAAGAAGAGUGGAAUCACUGUGAAUGUCGUUGCACCGGGACUCACGUUGACAGAUCAGCCUUUGAGCUUGGACGAAGAUCUUAGGGCUAAGGUGAUUGAUCUGGCUACUGAGAAGUCAAGUGCCGCCAAUAGGGUCGGAACCAUCGAAGAUGUCGCCGAUGUCGCCCUAUUUGUGGCUUCUGAAAAGUCCAGAUGGAUUACCGGGCAUGUGUUCCCGGUUGGAGGCGGAAUGCACUGA